AUGGCGGAGGAAGUCAUCAAUAGUUUGGAAAAUAUGAAGCUGACUACAGAAGAAGAAGAGGUUAUUGCUAUUUCAAAGGAGGGUCAUCUGGAAGAAAUUGAAAGUUGUGUGCUAAGUCUAAUUGGGAAAAUUCUUAUGUGUAAGCCUUUUAACAAGAAAGCAACUCAGAAUACGUUGAGAAGAGCUUGGGGGCGGAAUGAGGAGCUGCAAAUUAUCGAGGUGGGGGCAAACCUAUUCCAAUUUAAAUUCAGAUCAGAGUUUGAGAUGGAACGGGUAUGGAAAGGCGGGUCGUGGACAUUUGAUAAUCAAGUUUUAAUGUUGCGUAAAUGGAAAUCAGGGAUGACAACAAAGAAUGUUCAGUUUGAAGCAGUCCCUCUAUGGGUGCAAAUUUGGGAUGCUCCAUUUGAUAUGGCAUGUCCCAGAGUUGCAAGAGAGGUGGGGAGUAGAUUGGGUGUAGUGGAAGAGGUCGAACGGAGACAAAGGCAAGACCAGCAGAACCUGUUCAUGAGAGUUAAGGUGGCCAUUCCAAUAUCCAAACCGUUGAGGCGGGGAGGUUAUCUAGCAGGAUCGGAUGGGGAAAAAGUCUGGACCACGUUUAAGUAUGAGCGCUUGCCAAUGUUCUGUCACCAUUGCGGGCUGCUGGGGCAUGAUAUUAAGCACUGUGCGAAGUACUUUGCAUUAACAAAGAAUGGUAAGGAAGCUCCUCUGCAAUAUGGCGAGUGGUUGAAAGCAAGUGGGGGGCGAAUGGGGCCAAACCCAGGGAGGCAGUCCAGAAACGAUACGGCGGAGGAUGAAGGAAGAGUGAAACCCAACGGUCUGGGUAGGGCAACGGCUGACAGUCACGAUGAGGUAAACCCUAGAGAGCAAGAAGGUAACGAAAAAGGGAAUAACGGUAAAGCGGGGAAUAAUAAAGAGGCUGGAGUUAAUGGGGGCUAG